GUGAUGCUGUGCAGACAGAAGCUUCGGGAAUUCAAACAGGGUCAUGAUGUUCAAGGCGGCAGCUCAGAUGAUAAGCAAGGCGGUGCAAGUUCUGACGACGAUGACGAGGGCGGAGAGCCAGCAGAGCCCCGCUUCGUGAUCGACGACGAGGGCCAAAUCACUUUCCAAGACAUCAUCAAAGAUUCCUUGGAGGAGGAAGUUCAUGCUUUCAUGGAAGAAAUUGAGCACAACAACAUUCGGAAGAUGCACGGUGCAUACUGUUGCCCUGUCUGCCCUUUCCGAGCUUUUGGUCGCUUGUGCCAGCUCUCUGAUCACCUGAGGCGCCAUCAUGUCGCCGCCAAGCAGUUUGUGUGCUCAGGAAAGAAGCAGUUAAAAGUGAUUUUGGCCUUGCACGAUUCAGAUUCUGUCCGCAAAGAGAACGGUGCAGACUACUUGUUUCGCAGUGCCAUGCUCCUUAGAACUCAAGUGGUUCCUCCUCUCGACCGCAACAAGAGUUUGAUUGACAAGAACCUACGCCUGCUGCUAGAGAAAGACGGUCCAAGAUAUGUCAACCAAAAGGCCCUUGGAGAACAAAUCGUUGCCCGCAGAGUGUUGAACAUCUAUUACGACAAAUCCUUUGCCGAAAUGGUCUACAGGGAAAUUGUCUUGCACCAUUCGAGUGACAUCUACAUGUCCUAUCAAGUCCAAAGCUUGAAGAGCUCCAUCUUCAAAACUUUGGAACACAGUCAGGAAUUCUUGUGCUUGUCCAUUGAUGCUACACUCAAAGUCUGCAUGACUGUGCAGGGACAAGCAAACUAUAGAGCAUCGGCCCAAACCCGAAAUGCGGCUUGCUUUGAUGAUGAGCAUUCUUUGAGAAGGGUGCUGACUAUCAGGGGGCGUACCGGUGCCGUCUUAGGCAUGGUUCCUGUUCCGAGUGAAGAGUCACCAAAGAUCAAGGAAUCUCUGCGCAAUCUUUUCUCCAACCAGGCAUUGUUCCAGGUUCGAUAUUUAGCUACGGACAACCCCUCUCCUAAGCUCUUCCGCGAGUUGAAAGAGAUCUGCCCAAACCUGAGCUGCCUCUCCUUGGAUCCUGUUCAUCUGGCCAUUGUCUACGAAUAUGCCCAGUGGGGGAAGAAGACGGCUGGAUCGAAAGUUCUACGGUGUUUGCUACAUAAGAUGAACCAGGUAGCCCCGAACAUGCGUUCCAGCUCUUGGGGGCCCCUCUUCACUGGCACCGCACCGCCAAGCCUGACUCGCGAUGAAGAGCGGGCACGACAUCUCAUCACUGACGGCAGCAUGGGCGCAACCAGGGCCAAACGCAUCCUGGACAACCUUCAUCCAGAUUCGCCUUUGUUCUGCCGAAUCACCUUCAUUGAGGCAUUAGCCGCCCUUUGUGCAACGUACCCACGUGAGGUGAGCCGUAAAGUGACAGGCUCCAACAAAGAAAUUAGGAAGGUUCUUUGGGCAGCCACAGCACCAGAUAGAUUGGAAUGGCUGAGGAACAAC